CAAGUUGUUCAAUGGCAAGAAAGCUAAAGUAUUUUCAACACCACCACAGAAAAUAUGAACGUCGGUCAGAUAUUUCUUCCCAAGAUAGUGCGGUGGGAAUUUCAGAUUCUGCCACAUGGCAAUUGGAAUCUCCAUGAUUGUUGCAGCACAAUUCUUUACAUUCAGGUUCAUGAGUGAUUGGCUUAUAAUUGUUCUCACUUCCCUCUCAUUCUCUCUUUGUCCCUCUGUUCUGUCCAGUUUCCAAUUGGGAAAUCUGUUCAAUUUGCUUUCUUUCUUACCUUCCCUAGCUUUACUUUUUUGAAAACCGAAAGUGUUUUCCUCUGACAGAAAGAAAAUCAAAUUUCUUGUUUUUGUUUAUUUGAACCAACAAACGAGGACUUGAAAGUUGAAAAGUCUGUUUUUUUUUUGGUAAAACAAUGGCUGCAACUUUGUUUCAAAAGCCUUCAGCAAUUGUUUUCACGGGUACCCAGUUUCCAGUUUCCAUCUCUAAGUAUAUUCCAUUAGAAUCCUCGCCUUGUAUACAUUGUAAUUAUCAAUUUAGAAGCAACGCAGGUAACCAAAAGAAGGGACUUGUACAAGUCAAAGCUACAGUAGCAGCUGGAACCCAAGGUGUUUCAAAGACAAGUGAGAAGAAUGAAUUUGAUGGGAAUCAAUUGGAGAAGAAGAAGCUGAGGAUAUUGGUUGCUGGGGGUGGUAUUGGAGGAUUGGUUUUUGCAUUGGCUGCAAAAAAGAAAGGUUUUGAUGUGUUGGUGUUUGAGAAGGAUUUGAGUGCUAUAAGAGGUGAGGGGCAAUAUAGGGGUCCAAUUCAGAUACAAAGCAAUGCAUUGGCUGCUUUAGAGGCUAUUGAUAUGGAAGUUGCUGAGAAAGUUAUGGAGGCAGGGUGCAUCACUGGAGAUAGAAUUAAUGGAUUGGUUGAUGGGGUUUCCGGUACUUGGUACAUCAAGUUUGAUACUUUCACCCCUGCAGCAGAAAGGGGGCUUCCAGUUACAAGAGUUAUUAGUAGGAUGACUUUGCAAGAAAUCCUGGUUCAUGCAGUUGGCCAAGACAUAAUUUUUAAUGAGAGCAAUGUUGUUGAUUUUGAGGAUGAUGGACAUAAGGUUACUGUGGUACUGGAAAAUGGAAUGCGCUAUGAAGGUGAUCUUCUUGUUGGAGCUGAUGGAAUAUGGUCGAAGGUGAGGAAGAACUUGUUUGGGCCAAAUGAUGCUGUAUACUCGGGCUACACUUGCUACACUGGUAUUGCAGAUUUUGUGCCUGCUGAUAUUGAGUCUGUUGGGUACCGUGUAUUUUUGGGACACAAGCAGUACUUUGUUUCCUCAGAUGUUGGUGCUGGAAAGAUGCAGUGGUAUGCAUUUCACAAGGAGCCAGCUGGUGGUGUGGAUAGCAAUGGUAAAAUGGAGAGACUACUUAAAAUAUUCGAGGGUUGGUGUGAUAAUGUGAUAGAUUUGUUACUUGCUACUGAUGAAGAUUCAAUUCUUCGGCGUGACAUAUAUGACCGAACACCCUCGCUAACUUGGGGAAGGGGGCGUGUAACCUUGCUUGGGGAUUCUAUCCAUGCAAUGCAGCCAAAUAUGGGUCAAGGGGGAUGUAUGGCCAUUGAGGACAGUUACCAAUUAGCAUUGGAACUUGAUAAGGGAUGGAAACAAAGUGUUGAGUCAAGGACUUCUAUUGAUAUUGUAUCUUCUUUAAAGAGCUAUGAGAGAGCUAGAAGACUUCGAGUUGCCAUCAUCCAUGGAAUGGCAAGAAUGGCUGCAAUCAUGGCUUCAACUUACAAGGCUUACUUAGGUGUAGGGCUUGGUCCAUUGUCGUUUUUGACCAAAUUUCGGAUCCCGCAUCCAGGAAGAAUUGGUGGCAGAUUUUUUAUCAACUUAGCUAUGCCCUUAAUGCUCAAUUGGGUCUUAGGUGGUAACAGCUCAAAACUUGAGGGUAGGUCCUUAAGUUGCAGACUGUCAGACAAGGCAAGUGACCAAUUGCGAACAUGGUUUGAAGACAAUGAUGCAUUGGAGCGGACUAUCAAUGGAGAGUGGCUUUUGUUGCCAGUUGGAAAUGAAGCAGUUGCCUUGCAACCUAUUUGUUUAAGAAGGGAUGAGAGCAAAACUUUCAUGAUUGGUAAUUUAUGUCUGUCGAUGCUUAAUGGCCAUUGCAGGAGUGAAAAGAAUGAGAAUUUUCCUGGAACUACAGUGGUGAUACCUUCACCGCAGGUAUCCAAAACACAUGCUCGAAUCAGCUAUAAAGAUGGUUCAUUCUUCCUAAUUGAUUUGCAGAGUGAACAUGGGACCUAUAUCCUCCAUGAAGGCAGAAGAUCUAGGGUACCCCCAAGCGUUUCUACUCGUCUUCGUCCCUCAGAUGUUAUUGAGUUUGGAUCCGGUAACAAGCAAUGUGCAGGCAGCCCUCCGGGUAAAGGUUAUGAGAUCGCCUCCAAAGAUUGCUGGGAUGGAAGAUGGUGGAAUUCUUCAGGCAGUUUGAAAAGUUAUGAACCUGUCAUUUUGUGAAUUUAUAGCAUUGUACAGCAUUUAUUUACACUGGUGGAUUAAAUGUCAUAUACCCGUGCUUACCUUCAGGCAGAGCAAGAAUAGGAAAAUGUCAACUUCCAUUCUUUUUGAAAACUAUAUCUCAUUUAUGUUAAGCAGUCAUAUGCAAACAUUUAACGGUAUUUUUCCCCCAAGUGCUUCUUUAGUAAACUUACACCAUAUUUUGAAAAAAAAAAAAAAAAAUCCUCAAUGAAACCUUCAC